AUGAAUUUAGUGCUCUCAAGAUUCUUGGCAUAUCUUCACGUUGGGUUCCAAGUCGCUCUUCAUACGUUUAUUUAUCCCUGUCAUUUGCAUCCUCAGCCCUGUCACAUCUUGGCACGCAUUGGCCAUACCGUGCGCUUGGGCGCGCUUCUGCCAACCCGCCAGCCGUCCAGAAUACAGUCUGCCCUGAACCGCGCCCUUGUCCACCUUCGCCAAACUGGGAACAACUUCUUGCCUUACAAUCUAAGCUUGGAGGUGCUGACACGGGAGCCGCUGAAUGGCGACCCGGAGUCCCUCUUCAGAUGCGUCUGUCAGGAUAUUGUUGUCCAGGGAGUCUCCGCUGUACUCGCCUUCCCACAGACCCACGAGGAGCUCAUACAAGUUGAAUUUAUGUCCUCUUUUCUGGAAAUACCUUUCAUCAGCAUCAUUGAACAGGGCGAGCCGCUCAGGACAAAGAACCGGUUCCACCUGCAGAUGACGACGCGUGUGCCUCCCUCUGGACUGGCAGAGCUGCUGCUGUCAGUCUUGCUUAGAAGUGGCUGGCAGGGUGGCAGUGCCCUGCUGUGUUCAGACUGGGGGAACAUGGGUAUCUUGGAGCAGCUGGAGGAGCAGGGCAGGCUUGGGCUAGAUGGGCUACAUUGGCAUCUCUGGGAGACGCUGAACCUGUCCCAACCGAACGAUGCAGUGUUGCAGGAGAAGCAGGUGGCAGAGCUGCUCUCUCAGCUCCUGGGCAGAACCCCGUCGGGCCUGGCUUCAUCCUUGCUGCUCUUUGGCUCGGACCCCGAGUGUGUCGCCACCGUUCUACGUAGUGCCCACCAGCUGAGCCUUACUCUGCCCUCCUUGCACUGGAUCAUAGGAUAUCCUCUAACCCUUGACACUCUCCAGUCUAUUGGUGCUCCGCUGGGUCUGCUGGCAUAUGGUGAGGUGAACCGCAAGCCUCUGAACUCCUACAUCCGUGAUGCAUUACAGCUGAUCGGCAGGGCAGUGUUCGCUGCUACAAUGGUCCGGCCAGACUUAGCGCUCAUCCAGAACAUGGUCAACUGUUUCGACAAGCCCAAUAAACAUGAGGUGCCCUCUUCUGGACAAUACCUUGCCAGGUUCUUGUCAAAUACAUCAUUUACAGGGCUGACAGGCCCUGUAAGUGUGGAGCAUGCCCACUCCAGGGUCCUGACCUCCCAGCGAUUCCACAUCUGGAGUCUGCAAAGGGAUGCCAUGGGUCAGCCCAGCUGGGUCACUGUUGCUGGCUGGCAGUCGGGCCAUCUGGAGGUGGAGGAGCAGGGCCUGUGGCCCGGCAUGAGUCAGCGGUUACAGGAAGAGAGCCAGAGCGUGAGGACAGGCAUCCGUUGGAGAGCUGGCAUCCCAGUGGCGGGCACCCGUUUGCGUGUGGUGACUCUGGUGGAGCACCCAUUUGUGUUCACACGGGAGACAGACGACGAAGGCCAGUGCCCGGCCGGCCAGCUGUGCCUGGACCCUCACACCAACAGCUCAGAUGUCCUCAACCAGCUUUUCCUAGAGCUGGAACAGGCUAACAACAGCAGCUCUCUGCCGGCAGAUAUCCGUAAGUGUUGCUAUGGAUACUGCAUCGACCUACUGGAGAAACUGGCGGAGGAUAUGCAAUUUGAGUUUGACCUCUAUAUCGUGGGUGACGGGAAAUACGGUGCAUGGAAGGGGGGUCGUUGGACCGGGCUGGUAGGUGAUUUGCUGAGUGGGGUGGCUGACAUGGCUGUUACUAGCUUCAGUAUCAACUCUGCACGCAGUAAAGUAAUGGACUUCACAAGCCCUUUCUUCUCCACCAGCCUUGGAAUCCUGGUGCGUAGUAAAGACACAGCUGCACCCAUUGGGGCUUUCAUGUGGCCACUACACUGGUCUAUGUGGGUGGGCAUCUUUGUGGCCCUUCACAUUACCGCACUCUUCCUCACCUUGUAUGAAUGGAACAGUCCCUUUGGCAUGACACCGCAUGGCCGUAACCGUGUCAGGGUCUUUUCUUACUCAUCCGCCCUCAACCUCUGCUAUGCCAUCCUGUUUGGCCGGACCGUGGCCAGCAAAACUCCAAAGUGCUGGACCGGACGCUUUCUGAUGAACCUUUGGGCCAUUUUCUGCCUGCUUGUUCUGUCAAGUUACACGGCUAAUCUGGCAGCUGUCAUGGUGGGGGAAAAGACCUUUGAGGAGGUCUCCGGGAUUCAUGAUGCUAAGCUCCAUCAUCCCUCACUGGGGUUCCGCUUUGGUACGGUUCGGGAGAGCAGUGCUGAGGAUUACAUGAAGAAAAGCUUUCCUGAGAUGCACGAGUACAUGAGGCGCUACAACAAGCCCACCACACCUGACGGAGUCUCCACCCUCAAGACAGAUCCCCCUCAGCUGGAUGCUUUCAUCAUGGACAAGGCUCUGCUGGACUAUGAGGUGUCUAUUGAUGCAGACUGCAAACUGCUGACUGUGGGGAAACCAUUCGCUAUUGAAGGUUAUGGGAUCGGCCUGCCUCAGAAUUCUCCUCUCACUCGCAAUGUGUCUGAGUACGUGAGCCGCUAUAAGUCGGAUGGCUACAUGGAUAUACUGCACGACAAGUGGUACAAGGUAGUCCCUUGUGGCAAAAGGGUCUUUGCUGUAACGGAGACACUACAAAUGGGCAUCCAGCACUUCUCGGGUCUGUUUGUGUUGCUGUGUGUGGGGGUGGCUGGAUCACUGCUUGCUCUCGCAGGCGAGCACGCUUUCUACCGGCUCAUCCUGCCUCACCUGCGGCACCAUCAGAGAUUCAGAUACUGGCUCCACACCAGCCAGAAAAUCCACCGUGCUCUGAACAUGGUCUGCUCGGAGGAGAGGAAAAAGGAGAUGAGCUCGGACAGAAGCCCUUCCCUAUGUCUGUCUGAGAGCUGCAGUCUGCAUCGCCUCCCGCCCACUCAACCUCCCUCUCUUUCUCCUUCGGCCCCCACCUCCACCUCCUCUGCCCCGUCCUCUACCACCAAGUGGAAUAAUGAGGGUGCCAAAGCCAGCGUGAGAGAGCCCAAGGACAACAAGCGAGUCCACUUCAACCUGGAGACGCUCAACAGUUAUAGGCUACAGGCACCUCCUGCCGGGCCUGAGAGAGAGAAGGGAAGGGGGAGGCGGGGGUUGGUGGGCAGCCCCCCGACCCAGCUCUGCGAGAACGGGGGACCAUCUCUGGGCUUAAGCCUGGUGCUUUCUCCACCCGCGUGCUCAUCCGGCCAUUCGGCGAUGUGGGAGGGGGAGUUGCGAGAGCUCCAAGGCAGAAUCGAGGAGAUACGGGACCAGCUGAGAGCCGCCUUGGCCAGGAGAGCAGAGCUCCAGACCAGCCUUGAGAGAGAGAGGAGAGAAAACCAGGCCAGAGCCCUCACACAGACCAGCCAAGCUACUGACCAUCCGCCACCCUCCACCACUAUCUCUGCCAAGGACAACAGCAGUAGAAGGUGA